AUGUUGGACAAGAUUCUGUCCGCCAGCAGCGUGGAGAUUUUCCCGGUGCAGCUGCCCACGAAGGAGACCGGAUUCCACGCAGUCAGCGUGUAUUUGGAUGAUAAGGGCGUCGCCAAGAGUUUGGAGGAGAACAUCCGGGUCUCCGGCCUCGUGCAGGCCUGCGGCUAUCCCGGGCAGACCUUCCGAGGGGACUGCUUCAUCGGCAGGGUCUUCGACGACACCCAGGACGAGUGGAGGAGGAUGGACUUCACCCUCAAGGAUUGCAGUACAGACGCCGACUGGAUUCAGCAGACGAAGUUGCAGCGCGCCAACAGGAAGUCUGGGGAUCUGAAAAGCCUUGCGGAUAGCGUGGGUGUCGACAAUCCAGCCCAGAUCAAUCUGCAGACCAUGAUGGGCGAAGCUCCCCAGGGUGAAACUGCUGACUACUCCUGGAAACAGUCUGAAGACGAAGUUGAGGUAACCUUCAAGAAGGACGGCCUUCAGAAAGGAGACAAAAAGUAUGUCAAGGUCUGUUUUGGACGCAAACGGCUGAAAGUUUCAGUCAAGGACCAGGUGAUCAUCGAUUCCUCGCUGGCCGGCAACACCACCACAGAUGAGUGUACCUGGACCCUCAGUGAUGGCAUCCUGCAAGUGACGCUCGCGAAGGCUGAUGCAGACACCUGGCCCCAAUUGCUGGGAGAGAGCUGA